AUUUCAGUUCGAAGCUCAGAGCAUUCUAACCCCGAGUGGUCCACGGAGCCAGCCCGAGUUUUAACGACAAUCAUUCGCUUAGACAUAGGCCUACGGGAUAUAUUCAUAUGCCUAUCAUUUAUGAUACAUUUGGUGUGUAAAACAAAAGUUACAACUGAAAAAGAGAGGUUUGUAAUUUAUGCUUAUAAACGUGGCGUAGGGAAUACUCAGUGAAAUGUAGCCUAAACACUUGCAAAAACAUAUUUCUCGGUUCUGUAGACAUGCGUAGCCUGUUAGAUUGGGACACGGAUCGAAUUUAGCGCAAAUGUCAACGCGGCGAGUUUGUGGCGUUUGGCUGAAACCGCAAGUCUGAGGCAAGGCGCGGGCCACUCCGACUGACGACGAGGAUAGCGACGGGAUUUUGUUUCAAUAUCAGAGUUACCGCGAAUUUCAAUGUGACCCAUUACGUCCAUCGAUAUGUUAUCACAUGAAUCCGUACGCAUUCGCUUUAUAAUUUGUAUUGUGACACACCGCUUGAGAGUGGAGGGGCAAAGAUCAGAUCAGGACUGAGUGCACGUGUUUGUGAGAAUUACCGGAGACGCAGACAUCAAACGGAUCGGUUCGGAUCGGCUACCACAACAACGAUCACGACGCGGUUCAUUUCUGACGACCUCGAUGGUGUAUGAACGCGUUCACAGUCCUGGAUCUACUGCUGCGCUUUGCCGUCAACUUUUGACUUUCUCUCCCGGAGAUAAUAACCCCACUCCGGCACAGCCCCAUCCAAGUUUUGAGCGUCGGAUUCCGGGGAAGGGAAGAAGGGCACGGAGGAGAUAUGGCGGUGACCGUGACUUUAUCGCUCUCUCUCCUUCUCUUAUCUCUCUCAAGUACAGGAGCGGAGAAUGCAGAGGAGCGGCUGGUGAACUACCUCUUGAGUCCAGAGCGUUAUAACAAACUGAUCCGUCCUGCUGUUAACAAGAGCCAGCAGGUUACCAUCUCUAUACAGGUGUCUCUGUCACAGCUCAUCAGUGUGAAUGAGAGAGAGCAGAUUAUGACCACCAACCUCUGGCUGUUCCAGGAGUGGAAUGACUACAGACUGAGAUGGGACCCAGAGAAAUACGAAGGGAUCAAAAAAUUACGAAUCCCAUCUCAACACAUUUGGCUUCCUGAUAUUGUUCUCUACAACAAUGCGGACGGGGUGUACGAGGUCUCCUUCUAUUGCAACGCCGUGGUGUCCAACACAGGAGACAUCUUCUGGCUCCCGCCUGCCAUCUACAAGUCAGCCUGCGCCAUCGAGGUCCAGCACUUCCCCUUCGACCAGCAGAACUGCACACUCAAGUUCCGCUCGUGGACCUACGACCACACCGAAGUCGACCUCAUCCUCACCAGUGACUUCGCCAGCCGGGACGACUUCACGCCGAGCGGCGAGUGGGACAUCGUGUCGCUGCCCGCCCGCAAGAACGAAGACCCCGACGACAUCACCUACCUGGACAUCACCUACGACUUUGUCAUCAAGAGGAAGCCUCUGUUCUACACCAUCAACCUGAUCAUCCCCUGUGUCCUCAUCACAUCUCUGGCCAUCCUGGUCUUCUACCUGCCCUCUGACUGUGGGGAGAAGAUGACCCUGUGUAUCUCUGUCCUGCUGGCCCUCACUGUCUUCCUGCUGCUCAUCUCUAAGAUAGUACCGCCCACCUCUCUGGCGGUGCCUCUCAUAGGUAAAUACCUGAUGUUCACUAUGGUGUUGGUCACCUUCUCCAUCGUGACCAGUGUGUGUGUCCUCAACGUUCACCACCGCUCCCCGUCCACCCACCGCAUGCCUGACUGGGUCAAACGCCUCUUCCUGCUCCGCCUCCCCGCCUUCCUUCUCAUGAGACAACCCGGGAACAAUAAUGUCCAGGAAAAACUUAGACGGAAGCAAGCCACUGCCGCUGCCGGGAACACCACCUCCGGGAACCCCACCUCCGGGAACCCCACCUCCGGGAACCCUGGGAAGUCCCGAGGCGGGGCGAGAAGGCGGUGUUCCGACAUCAAGCUGGGAGGAAUCCAGACGGACUCCGACUCGUUCUAUGUGAAGGAGGAUUUGGCCCGGAAGUUUGUCUGGAAGGUGGGAGACGUGUCGGGGGACGGCGGUAUUCCGGAGAUCAGGCGGCGCGUGGCGGUCCAGUGGGACGCUGACCUGGAGGAGGCGGUGGAUGGAGUGAGGUAUAUCGCUGAACACAUGAAGACGGAGGACGGAGAUGAAGGGAUUAUAGAGGACUGGAAGUACGUAGCGAUGGUAAUUGACCGUCUGUUCCUGUGGAUCUUCAUCCUGGUGUGUGUGGUGGGAACCCUGGGUCUCUUCAUGCAGCCCCUCUUCCAGAGCUACAACACUCCUACUGCAGACAGCAACGAGUAUGGUGAUUUCUGAGAGCCCCUGAGAGUGGGCGUUGGAGAGGGAAACCCCGUAGCAGCUAAACGGACCCACUGUCCUACGAACUCUGGAGCAACCUGUGCCAAAGCCAGCACCGUCAGUAGUACUUCUACCCUCGUCAGUAGCUCAUUAAGCAUUAUAAGACAUUCUAGAGGUACUAUACGGUCUACUGUGAGCCGUAUGCUGGAUCUCUCUCUCUAACUCUCUCUGGGCUCUCCACUCUUCAAGACAAGCUAGAUCUCAACUAACAACAGGAGGCUUUCAGGUUCUCUUCUCUUCCUUCUCAUGUACUAUUCAUGAACAGUGUCUCUCUUUCGCUUGUUUGUUCACUCUCUCUCUCUUCUUUAUCUCUCUCUCUCUCUCUUCUUUAUCUCUCUCUCUCUCUUCUUUAUCUCUCUCUCUCUCUCUUCUUUAUCUCUCUCUCUCUCUCUUCUUUAUCUCUCUCUCUCUCUCUUCUUUAUCUCUCUCUCUCUCUUCUUUAUCUCUCUCUCUCUCUCUUCUUUAUCUCUCUCUCUCUCUCUUUUAUCUCUCUCUCUCUCUCUUCUCUCUCUUCUUUAUCUCUCUCUCUCUCUCUCUCUCUCUCUCUCUCUCUCUCUCUCUCUCUCUCUCUCUCUGUCUCUGUCUCUGUCUCUGUCUCUGUCUCUGUCUCUCUCUCUCUCAAGCCAUAACACUUGCCGUAGCCUAUCAAAAGUAUAGGCCUAAGACUCUACACUUAAAGCUAAAGGAAGGAACCUCAUUUGAAGGACUGACAAAUGUCAUUGUGAAGAGACUUGUUAUUAAAAGAUGUUUUUUAAAAGCCUAAUGAUCACGCCGCUCCCUAGUUCCACACAACACUCUGCUUAUUGUGUUUAAAUAACAACUGUAUGAAAACAGAAGUUAAACCUGUCAGUAUGCUACUCUACUUCCCACAUAUCUGACUACAUGGCUGAGUCCAAAAUGGCACCUUAUUCCCUAUAUAGUGCACUACUUUUGAUCAGAGCCCUAUGGGUUCUGGUCAAAAGGAGUGCACUAUCUAGGGAAUAGGGUGCGGUUUUUGGAUGUAGCCCAUGUUCCAGGAUUUAGCUGGGAUGUUCACUUUGUAUCUGCCUUAAUAAUAGAUGAAUACAGCCAAUGACGGUAGACUAAUUAUUACAAGAGGAAUAAUACAAGAGUUUUAACACGAGGAUAUUAUUGAUUCCAAAUCAAUAUGAAAUCUGGAGAAAAACAACAAGAGCAACAAUGAGCUCCUUUGUAUCAUGUCAAAUAAAAUGCUCUUAAAAACA